AUGCCUCGCGUCAAAGCCCCCAAACCCCCUCGCAGGUACAAGUACGCGAUCCAGAGAGCCAAUGGCGCUCCUCCUCUCCCUGCCUUAAGCAAUGUCGACAGUCCCGUCUCAAAAUCCCACAGUCCAGUUCCCGCCCCUCGAAGACUCACCCCGGAAACGAAAGUGCAGCCAGCAGCGCCUCGGUUCGGAUUCUCGUCUCUCAUGUCCGGGAUUGAGAAAAACCCCGAUACCAAAAUGGCUUCGAAAAAACCAAAAGUCGGUCUCUCGAGCUCUAGCAACAGCACCAAGGCGACAAAAUCUCCGUCCACCAGACCAGCGAAAGAUGCUACCGCAAAAAUCAUAAAGAGAAAGCCUGUAGUCAAGACCAGGCCUGUAGUCGAGACCAAGCCUGUAGUCGAGACCAAGCCUGUAGUCGAGACCAACAAGUUGGCCAAAACUACCACCAGCAAAAGGAAGGCCAACGAUAUCAGCCGAGACGACUCAUCCACCACAACCACGAAAGAGAAACCUGUCAAGACCCUUACCAAGGGCACCAACAAGCGAAACCUCAGUCCAGAGGUCGUACAUGUACACGAUAACCCCACACCACCGCCAUCAAAGAAGGCGCGCACUCAAGCUGAGAGCCCGGUCCGCGAAACCUCCGUCCCAAAGCUCAAUACCCAACCCAUCGAACACCGUCCAAAGUCUUCAAUUCCCCUACGCACGUCCGCCGGCACAAAACGUACAGCUAUGCUGUCUCCUCCUCGCUCUUCAACCGAGCCACAACUGGCGAUGACACCAAAUAUACAUAAAUCUUCCUCCGGAACUCCCGAACAUAAGGCGCCACUGCCGGCGGCAACAUCAAAAAUAAACAUAUCCUCCAAAGCUCUCGAGCAUAAGGCGGCACUGACUUACCGGGAGUCGUUUUUGGGACCUCUCGCUAUGCGUUAUGGAGCGAGUAUGCGCGAUGAGAUGGGACCGAAGUGGGCGAUAGCACUUGAAGGGAAAACGGAGAGCCGUUAUUGGGAAAUUAUGUCCGGAGUGUAG